AUGAACGCCGACGAUUACGAAAGUCUGCCAACCCAGUCGGUUGGUGUGCACAUGAUGGCUGGAGCUUGUGCUGGAAUUAUGGAGCACUGUGUUAUGUAUUCAGUUGACAGUGUCAAGACGAGAAGACAAAUAAUGACUCCAGGACCCGGUGGAGGUGUAGGAAUAAUUACAGAAAUUGGCAACAUGAUGCGGCAAGAGGGUAUUUUUAGGCCGUUUCGAGGAAUCAGUGCUAUGGUUAUUGGUGCAGGUCCAGCGCAUGCUCUCUACUUCUCUUGUUACGAAUAUUUAAAAGACAGAAUAUCGAGUACAAAAUUACUUAGUGGUCAUCUCAUUUAUGCAUUUGCUGGAACGCUAUCCACUGUAUUACAUGAUGGCGUGAUGAAUCCUGCUGAAGUGGUAAAACAACGUAUGCAAAUGCCAAAUUCGCCCUACAGAUCAGUGAUAAACUGCGUUAAGCAGGUGUACGCGACCGAGGGUCUAGCAGCGUUUUAUCGAAGUUACCGAACAACACUGCUCAUGAAUGUGCCUUUCCAGAGCAUUCACUUUGUUACUUACGAAUUCGCUCAGUCAAUUACGAAUCCACAGCGCACCUACAAUCCAGCGGCGCAUGUUGUUUCCGGUGGUAUGGCCGGAGCAAUAGCAGCUACUGUAUCAAUGCCUUUGGAUGUUUGUAAAACACUGCUCAAUACUCAAACAGGGGAAGUAAGAGCCACGGGUAUGCGAGACGCCAUGGCACUAGUCUACAGGUACUGGGGGAUGGCUGGUUUUUUCCGUGGACUCAGUGCGCGGAUUGUUUACCAAAUGCCCGCUACUGCCAUUUGUUGGUCAACGUAUGAAUUUUUCAAAUACAUGCUGCAAAACGUUCAAAACGAACCAAGCAAAAUGGACAGCAUUAUAGAAGAUGGCCCGUGCAAUCUAACGAUCCAGCAACGUAACAUUAGUAGUAAUAUUAACAUUAGUAAUAGUAAUAUCAAUAGUAGUAGUAAUAGCACGGUGAGCGUUCCAAGUAACAAUUUUCAAGCGGGAGCAGGUCUCCUGUUCAAUCCGAAACCUACGACCCCAGUGCUGUUUGAUGUCACACGAAGCUAAGACCAAUACACCAGAGUGUAAAUAAGAAUAAAGCGAUAAACGCGUUGAAGCGAGAAUAAUACCCUCACAAGUGUAUUACGUCACGUAAACAGUUGUUAGCACAAAAAGCUUUGCUUUUUCAAAAUGUAAAAUAUAUGUGUCUCUCGCCAAACAAUGUUAUACUGUAAACGCGCGAGCAAGUAGAAAAAGAAAUUUAGAAACGUUCAAAAUAUAUUUUUCGGAGGCGCUGCUAUUUUUGGCUGAUUCUUGUCUCAGUAUUUAAAAUGAAUAUCAUCAAAAAAUUGUUUGAAACGAAUGUGUGAGUGAGAUACGUGUUAAUGAAAAUGAUCUCGUUUCAUUUUUGUUAUCAAUAUAAGUAAAGAGGAAUCUUUUGGACGAUUGUUAUAAUGAAAUAUUUUAUCUCGUGUAAAAAAAAAGAACAUGAAAUUUCUCUGGAUGGUUAAUAUCUUGGAGACGUGUAAGAUUUUUAGAAUUGAAUCAGAAAAAUAGGGAAAUUUUUAAAAUAAUUGUAUAAUUAUUAAAGCGAUAAAAUACAAUUUCUAUAAUUAUAAAUAUAUUUAUAAAAUAUAAUAUAUUUAUAUCUUCAUAAAUAUAUUUAUUAAUUAUUAUACAUAAUUUGAGUCUCGUUUGUACAUUUUAUUCGGUACUAUUCAUUUUAAUUUUCCAUUGUUAGCGACGUUGA